AAUGCAAUACCUCUUCUGCAGAUAGUGAUGCUGCUUAACCAAAAACCGGAAAGGAAAAACUUCAACGUCUUUCAACUUUCUCACGGACUCGACCACUUUCGCCAUGAUGAGUUGGACGCGUUCGAAUCCCCUGAUGGCGUCUUAGACUUAGUUUCCCGCGAUAAGCUUGCCUCCUUCACCAGAGAAUUCUAUCAGGUCGAUGAGGUGAAGACGCUUUAUGAGAUGAGGAAGAAAUUCGAUCUUAUUGUUGUUCAUCAGAUGCUGAGUGAGGUAGUUUAUCCAUUCCUUCACGAGAUGCCCUUUAUCUUCUUUUCGACGACUGGGAUCGACUCUCAACAAAGUGCCACGCUCGGAAACGUUUUGAAUCCUUCCUUUGAGAUAGAGCCUCUUGUUCAGCCUCUCGACGCCCUCAAACGCUUCCAGAGCACGUUUGCACACUGUUUCCGCCUCUGGUAUCGGAAGUAUUGGACUGUGGUGCCUGCUGUCCAAAAGGAGAUCUCGACGCUGUUCCCAGAGCUUCCUCCUCUCCUAGACCUUGAACGUAACCAGAGCCUCGCCCUCGUGAACUCACACUUCAGCUUAGGUCCCCCACUUCCACUUCUCCCCUCGCAGGUGGAAGUGGGUGGCAUCCACUGCAGACCCGGCCAACCCCUUGCUGAAGACCUGGACGCAUGGAUCUCUGGUGCUGGAGAAGCAGGAGUAAUUUACCUCAGUCUGGGCUCCAUCAGACAACCGUUUUCUAUGCCCUCCCAGUAUCGCCAAGUGCUAACUCAAGCGCUCGAGAAGUUGGACCAGAGAGUGAUCUGGAGGUACAAGGGUGAGGUAGACAGCAUCCCUGACAAUGUGUUGGUCAGGGGAUGGCUUCCACAGCAAGACAUUUUAGCUCACCCAAACGUCAAAGCGUUCAUCAACCUCGGCGACUUCCUCAGCGUUCAGGAGGCCGUUUGCCACUCGAAGCCCGUCCUUGCCCUUCCUAUUUCGACCCAACAGACGAAGACCGCGGACACCGUCAGGAACUCCGGCCUCGGGCUUUCGCUGGCGUGGGAGGACCUCACAGAAGAACUCUUGCUAAGGGCCCUACGAGAAAUCGUCGAGAACCCGAAAUUCCAAGAGACGGCCUCGGAAACCUCCUCCGCACUGCGCGACCAACUCCACACGCCCCUGGACCUCGCCGUAUUCUGGACCGAGUACGUGAUCCGGCAGGAGGGCGCCCCCAGACUGAGGAGUCCUGCAGUCGACCUCUCGUGGGUGGAAUUCCUUAUGCUCGACGUCCUAGCCGCCCUACACUUGGUCCUCCUCCUCUGCUUCGUAUUUCUUAGGCAAUUGGCUCGGUUUAUUUCUCGCCUCGUACGUGGCAGUGAAAAACAGAAAACGGAAUAGAUCUGCCUGAUGCAGUUUUACCUCCUUACCGAAGGGUGAUGCUUUCAAUCGCUUUAAUAAACUAGAUAAGUCCAGAUAUUGCUCUUAAUACUCGGUAAUCGAACAUUUGGGAAUGGAAGAGUAUAGAAAAAUAAAAAAGACAAAACUCAAGAUAAAGAGAGAGACAUGAACACACGCGGAAUAUGAGGAUAGUUUCAUUUCUAAUUAUUCUUAUCUAUAAAAUCAUAAGUACUAUU